UCGUGACUCGGUUGGUUUACACUUGUUACCACCUGCAGUCCGAGCUGGCGAAUAUGUAGCGGGCCAUGCGGAACCACAAGGCUCAGCAAGAGGAUGCAACACGGGCACUUGAUUCCCAUAUGCAGGACUUGGAGCAAGUUGCACCAAGACCGGAGGCUGGCGAGUCCAGCAGUGCACCCUCUGCCCGCCAACUGGAGGAACGCGUCGAUCACGUAGUGGCAAUGCUAGGUGAUAUUAGCACCUUCGCAGCGCCAGCCACCAUCAGCCAGCAACUCGACACACUUAAGACCGAGAUCAGGCAGCGACAACAGUCGUCUGACCCCGAUCGCAGCACCAACACGGCGAAGCAUUACAAGAUGUCGACUUUCCGGAUCGAGAAGUUUGAUGAUUACACACAUCAAGACCCGGUCGUCUGGUGGCAAGGAUUCACAACAGAGUUGGGGAUUCAUGAGGUCCCGGAACAUAUGUUCAUCGGCGCGUUGUUCCUUAACGCCAAGGGAGGAUGCCAGAUCUGGCUCAGCCAUAUGGCAACUGUCCAUGGCGUCCAGGUCUUCGACCUACACAAGGUCUCCUGGGAGGAUCUGACAAAGGAAUGGAAGAAGCGGUUCAUCGUUGACGACGCCCCGGCGCUCGCCAUCAACUGCAUCUUCACGAUGGCUCAAGGAAACACAGCGACACAUGAUUGGCUCACGGAUUGGCAGAAGAUCGUGGCGACGCCCGAUCUGGACUUGCCAUUUCCGCAUCUGCGUCGGGAGUUCUACAACCGGUCAUGCGCCGCUUUGAGCCUUGCACUUGGUGAUCGCGAGCAGUACAACACCUUCGAUGAAAUCAUCAACAAGGCGAGGGAGAUCAUUAAGACAAACAGGGCAGCUGCACAUGAGAAAUCAGCAUGGCAGCCAACGUAUGUGGAGAAGGUGAGAACUGGUCCGCGACCGCAGCAUGUCGCUGCAGUCCAAUCGAACAACAUUCUGGAAGACCCGGCAGCCACCCAAGCGUCACGUGAGGGAGAUCAGGUGGCUGCUGUCCAGCCGCGAAGCAACGACAAGUCCCGAGGAAACGGAAAGGCGAAAACCUCAUCGCCGGCCGGAAACGAACAGCCAGCACCAUGGGUCAAGUUUCACUUCACCGAGGCGGAAUAUAAGUGGCGCGGCCGCUACGGCUGCUGCUAUUGGUGCAACAACACCAAGCACAAGACCUCCCAAUGCCCUGAUCAAGGCAAAGAGGAUGUUCGGCCUCUACCAACUCCGUUGAUGGACGCCGGAGUAGAGGUUGUCGACCUUCACACCUACAUUGCGAAGAUCGACCGCGAGUUCAAGACACAACGCUGCCACGUGGUGUCCGCCGCAAGCAUGCGAGCUUCCAUCAUCAAAGACAACAUCGAGGAGAUGGGGGGGUGUUUUCUCCACGCCCUCCCGCCCCAUGACGCUUCAUCGAAGGACUCAUCUUCGGACCCACGCAUCACCGAGCUUCUCGACGCCUACGGCGACGUGUUCGAAGGCCUGCACGGAGUAGUACUGGAUCAGCCCAUCCGCCACGAGAUCAUCCUCGAGGACGGGGCCGUACCUCCGCGCGGUUGCAUCUACCGAAUGAGCGAGGAAGAGUUAAGUGUGCUACGGACACAACUCGACGACCUUCUGGAGAAAGGCUGGAUUUGGCAUAGCUCAUCGCCAUACGGUGUUCCUGUUCUCUUCGUCCGGAAGAAGAACAAGGAUUUGCGGUUGUGCAUCGAUUAUCGCAAGCUCAACGCGCAAACGAUCAGAAACGCCGGCCCUCUUCCACACAUCGACGACCUUCUGGAACGGCUGGGCGGCGCCAAGUUCUUCUCCAAGCUUGACCUCAAGUCGGGAUAUCACCAACUCGAGAUUCGGCAGGAGGACUGUUACAAGACCGCGUUUAAGACGCGAUAUGGGCAUUUCGAAUGGCUGGGACACUUCAUCCGGGGCUAUGAGUAUAAUCCAGACUUCGCCACGUUGUAUGCGCAACUAUCUUCGGAUUACCCGACUGCCAGCCACUAUCGCAUUGCCAACGGGUACUUCCUCCUCCACUCGAGAGGCAAGGACUUAUUGUGUGUCCCACGAGACCGUCGUCUUCGGACUCACCUUCUCGGGGAGUACCAUGACUCGCGACUCGCCGGCCAUUUCGGAGUCAACCGCACUAUUGCACGGCUUCAACAACGAUUCGGAUGGCCCGACCUCAUUACCGAUGUCACUCGGUAUUGCGACUCUUGCGAAGUUUGCCGACGAAGCAAGCCCCGCAAUCGCAACCCCUACGGCGAGUUGCACCCGAUGCCUAUCCCACGGGAACACGGCCUUUCCAUUGCCAUGGAUGUCACCGGACCAUUUCCUCGCGAUCGCCUCGGGCACGACGGCAUCCUCACGGUUGUGGAUCGUUUGAGUAAGUAUGCGUGUUUUCUCCCUUGCAAGUACUACUCCAUGGCUCCCAAGCUGGCCCGCCUCUUGCACAGCGGUUGGAUUUGUGGCCACAGUGUACCGGAAGACAUAGUCAGCGACCGCGACACUCGCUUCAUGUCGGCAUUUUGGACUGCUCUCAUGCAGGAGUCCGACACGAAGAUGAAACCAAGUUCGGCUCGGCAUCCACAGACAGACGGGCAAACGGAGCGGGCACAUCAAAACGCUCAAAUAAUGCUUCGUACGCUCAUCCGUCCGGACCAGAAAGAUUGGGUUGACCGCCUCCCCGACAUCGAGUUCGCCUGCAACACUUCGGUGCACCCGACGAUCGGCGUGACUCCAUUCGAGUUGCACCACGGUGGACGGAAAGGCCGUAUCUUCGCCGACCUUCUCCUCCCACGACCAGCCGACAUCGACACCACUUGCUCUCCCGCUUCCGUCCGGAAGUACAGGGAAUUGCUGGCUCAAGCCCGCGCGAACAUGCAAAAGGCUCAAGUCCGCAUGCAGCAACAAGCCAACAGGCGUCACGUGCCAUGUCCCAUCCGCGCCGGCGAUCUGGUUUGGGUCUCCACGGAAGAGUUUGCACUGGAACAGGAUGUUUCACGCAAACUGCUUCCCAAGUGGUUUGGACCAUGGCCCGUAACAUCAGCCGCGGGCGAUGAGCCUGAUGGCCCUUCAUUUGUGAUCAACAUCCCUGCGCAUUUGACGGUCUAUCCAGUCUUUCACGCCUCGAAGCUGGCAACAUAUACACCAGCUAAGAGCGACGACUUCCCCGGCCGACGAUCGCAGGACCCUCCAUCUAUGGAUGGUCAUCAGGAAGUUGACCGCGUCAUCACGGAUCGCAAGUACGGCAGCAAGCCUCGCCAGUACAAAGUUACAUUCAGAGCAUGCGAUCCCGACGGCACUCGGUGGAUUUCAGGAACAGAUUUGAAAGCAUCCGCACCGCUGAUCUACGCUCACUACGAGCGACAAAGGGACCAGGGCCUACUUGAGGGGCUUCAUAUGCCCAGAACAGACAAAGGUGGCUACAGUUCAAGGACUGUUGGAGGGGCCUGCACAAAAGUGGGCUACCUAUACCUCCAGUGGUCUGCAGAAAACCAUGGAGGAUUGGGGGUGGACAGUCUUCUGCAGGCUCUGGAAGACCGCUUUGCAGACAAGGAGCGUGCCCGCAAAGCUGCUGACAGGAUUGCUCGCCUGGGGCAGCUGCGCUACAGCGGUUCCCUGCAAUUGUUGUUUGCAAAGUUCGAGCAGCUAACUUCCACACCUGGUUUGGUCAUGUCUGCAAAUGACCUACUAACAAACUUCUGCAAGGCAGCCCCUGAGAAGUUUUAUGUUGCUUUGUACAACGCUGGUCACAAGGAUUGGAGAUCCUUUGGUCGUGCAUUCCUGGACAUGGAGGCAAAACUUCACGUCCAGGCCCCCUCCUCUGACAGGAGGAAAGGUGCCUUCCCUCGUGGUGGUAGAAAGGGAACGGCAGCCUUUGCACAUGCAGGGUCUGCAUCAGCUUCUGAUUCAGACUCCCAGGCUGAUACACCAUCAUCUGGGACUGGAUCAGCUGCUGAAACAGAUGUUGCAGCGGCCCUGACUCAGGCUGUUCUGGGAGUUCUGCAGCAGCAGAAGAGAUUUUCUCCCACCACAGCCUCAACCAACGCUCCUACUGUUUCCUGUCCUCCUGAGAUACAGCAGGUGGUGGACCAGUAUGCUGAUCUGAUGCAGGAGCCCUUUGGGUUACCCAACCGGCCAACCAAGCAUCAUAUUGAGCUACUACCUGGAGCGGUCCCUCCCAAGGGCCGCAUUUACAGGAUGUCCCCUGCUGAGCUUGAGGAGCUUAGAAAACAGCUUGAGACCCUGACCAACAAAGGCUGGAUACGGCCGAGCACUUCUGAAUUUGGGGCACCAGUCCUCUUUGUCCCGAAAGGGAAUGGGGAAUUCAGAAUGUGCAUCGACUACAGGGGUCUCAAUAAGAUCAGUAGGAAGAGUACAGAGCCACUUCCUAGGAUCGAUGGCCUGCUGGAUAUGGUGCAGGGCUGCACAGUGUUCAGCAAAGUCGAUCUCAAAUCUGGCUACCACCAGAUUGAGAUGGCAGAGGAGGAUGUCUAUAAAUCAGCCUUCAAGACCAAGUAUGGUACUUACGAGUUCCUGCGGAUGGACGACGGAGAGAGGGACGACAUUCAGGACGCCCUUGAUGAGGAGGAGGGCCACGAGGGUGGGGCCAAGGAGGGGGGGGUGGCAGACGAGGCAGUCGGAGAGCCUGACCUGCCAGGGGAGGAGGUGGUGAUGACGUCGAGAGGCGUCGGUCGAGCGGGUCCCGCUCCUAGGGCGCCGCGACCUGAGUUGGAGCGCGCUAGGAGGGAGAAGAGGGGAGUGGGGGAGGCUGGCGUCGAGGUGCGAGACACGGGCAGGGAGAAGCGGGCUCGGCAGACGACGAUUGACGAGAUGUACGCCAAGGAGAAGUUGGCCGAGUUCACAGACGCGUGGCUGCAGGUUACCGCGGGCGCCGGUAUCCCUUCGCAGAGGGCGAAGGUGGCGACGAUGGUGAGUACGGUGCGCGCCGCUUUCCGGCACAGCGGUGCCACCAUCCUCUCCGACGGGAGGAAGUCGCGCAGCGGCAAGCCGCUUGUGAACUUCCCCGCCGAAGGCGCCAAUGGCGCCCUGCUAUACGCCACCAUCGCACGAGACGGGUCGGUCCGAGACACAGCGGACAUCGUGUACCGUAGGUGGCGGGCCAUCAUCUUGUCCUUUCCUCCAAAGGACGUGAUCGACUUCUGCACAAACUUCGCCAGUAACUAUACGGCGGCAGCGCGCAGAUUCACCACGGACCCCGAGCCCGACAUUAGGAGGAUCACUUGGCUCCCCUGCACCACCCAUGUUUGCAAGUUUAUGUUGUCAGAUAUCGGGACGCGAGUGGGGUGGGUCAAGGACACCAUCACCCGCGCUCGAGCGCUUGUGCGAUUUAUUAAAUCGCACGGCGCUGGUCACGCCCUGUUUAGGAAGGUGAGCCCUCGCGUUCAGCUCGUCGAGCCCGUUGAGACACGGUUUGCAUCAGUUUUCCUGACGCUGACGUGUCUCAAAGGCCGACGAGACGCGUUGGAGAGCAUGCUGCACGGGGAUGCUUGGGCACGCAUCCCGUGGGAGUGCAGGCAUGUAUCGCAGGCGCAGUGGGUGCAGCAGCAGAUCCGGAACACGGAGUUUUGGCGUUGUGUCCAGUCCGCCAUCCUUGUCAAGGCACCCGUCCACCAGCUGUUGCGCAGGAUGGAUAGGGGAGGGAUGAUGAUGUCCGUCGUUUACGAGUGGAGUCAGCAUGUGCUGCAGUUGAUGAGGAGGGUCAACGUGCCGGCGGACAUGAUCGAGCCGUGCGUGAGUGAGGUUGCCAUCCGCAACCUCCACAUGCUAGAGCCCGCACAUGCCGCGGCCCACCUCCUCAACCCUCGUCCACGGUCCCUCACGUACUACCAUUCGUUAGAGACGACCGCGGACGACGCCCGUGUGGUCGAGGAGUGCGACAGAUUUCUCCUGGCGCAGACCGGCGGCGAUUCGGUCGGCAGACUGUACAGGACCGUGAGGGACCAGAUGAGGGACUUCCACUCUAUGCGAGGGGAUUGGGGAGAUCGGUCCCUCUCCGAUGCCGAGGCGGACGAUUGCAGGGGGGACCGCGAGACCGAGCGAUGUGCAGAGUGGUGGUUUGACCAUGGACGGGCCCACCCGGAGUUGCGUACCAUCGCCAUCUGUGUCAUGCACUUGUGGACGUCUACCUCUCCAGCGGAGAGGAACUGGGCGCAGCAUGAGCGCAUCAACACGGCGAGACAUUGCAAGCUUGGGUUUGCCAAGCUUGCACAGCUGGUUGAGAUUGCCACCAAUCUCAAGCUGGCCUCGUGCGCACGGCAGGGUGGUGGCUACGUGUUGCCAUGGGUUAUGGGGACCAGUCGGGAGGGGAUGGCGGCAGCGGACGAGGAUGAGGAGGGAGACGUUGAGCCCGAGGUGUGGGGAGCGCGACCUGCUGGUAGUGUUCCCGAGCAGGAGAUCCAGCGGCAAAUUGUCGCUUUCCAUGACAACCGACCGUCCAGAGCCCAUUCGGUUCGGGACGUGUUCGAGAAGAGGGCGACGGAGCUGCGACCGUGGCCAGAGGGUGGGGAUGAUGCGGACGCUGCUGCGGCAGACGACGACAUCGACGACGAGUGGACAUACGAUGAUGACACGUCGUUGAGUGGCGACCCGAUGGUUGAGCGGGUGUACUUCACCUACGGUGGGGGACGUGACGGCAUGGAUUCAUUCACAUCAGUUAUCACUGGUGGUGUGUCGUCAACCACACAGGCGAGUGGCAGCAGCAGAGCCGGUGGUGGUCAUGGAGGACGUUCGCAUACGGAGGUUGGCGUCGACGACUCGGGGGAGCAGCAGCCACGGGGAGGUCUUCGGCAGACACGCAGGCGUUGGGAGGUUAGGAGCGACAGCGAGGCCGAGGAGGAGGCCGAGGAUGAGUGGGUGCCCCUUCGCGAUCGUCGCUUCUCUCCCUCCCAUCAUCGGAGCACUGCACAACCCGAGGCACUUAGGCGUUCGGAGAGGUUGGCGUCGGCAGCAGGCAAAGAGCGGACACAUGACGGCGAGGAUCGUGGGGGGGAGAGGACUCCUUCCGACACCGGUGGUGGACGCCGCGGCGACGGGGAGACCGUGGGUGAUGAGGGGCAGGAUGUUGUCGUGGGUGGUGGGUCCCCUCGUGGGGGGCGUGGCGACGGCAAGACCUCGGGUGAUGAGGGACAGGGUGCCGCCGUGUGUGGCAGGGGAGAGGGUGGACCCGGUGGAGAUGGGGAUACCGCGGGUGUCGGGGGAGACGAUGGACCGGACGGAGAUGAUGACGAUGACCACGGUCCUGAGGACGAUGCGUAUAGGCUCGCCUUGGUGUUGAGGGACCCCACAGUACCUCCCUUGCGCCUUGACGACUCAGCGCACACUUUCUUCGACGUCGACGCUUUGGCGCAAGCGUUGACGGAUGACCCUUUCGCACACAUGGGCCGCGUGAGCGGCAAGAGGCGGGCCCCUGGGAGGGUGUAUUCACCGCCGCCGUUCGUGGUGCAGAGCCCUCGAUGGUCGGGUUCGUCGCUCAGCGGCGUGAGAGGGAGGGAGUCCGGAGCGGGUGAGGUGGGGUUCGGCAGACGCAGCAACGGCGGCAGAGACAGUGCAGGAUCGAUGCCUCCACCGCUCGCACGGACUCCUGAGGCUGUGUUCGAUGCUGGGGACCAGACGACAGCACCCGUAGUUGCGCACGGUGGCGGUUCCCCGCCGACAGUCCGAGGUGGUGUGGGUGGCGGAUGGUCAGCUGUUCGUCGGGUCGGGGACCGGUUGCAAGCGGAUUACGACGCCGGGAGGGGCGUCUUCUCGGGACGUACGCCAGUUCAGACGCAGGCUGCGGAAGGUGGAUCAGGACGUCCGAGCGUGCAGAUGGCAGGCCGCAUGCAUGGUUUCUCACGAGCGGAGACGAGGAGAUCAUUGGUCCUCGAGACCGCAGGGACAUCCACGGACAUGCUGCUGGGACAGCAGUACACAUUGGGCGAGGAGGGGUUGUUGAUGCGUCCCGGGACGAAACGAAGCGCGGCCUCUCGGAGGUUGAGGCUCGACUUGCGGCAGGGGUCGCCGCUGGUUCCUGGAUUGAACCUACAAUACAACCCAGUCUUGUAUAUCUAUUCCCGCGCUCUGCCCGAGCCCAUCCGGGGACAACUCGUGGCAGAGUCCAAAUCUGGCAAGUACAAUUACAAGCAGUUUCGUGAUUUGGCUCUCCAACGUGAGCAAAUGACUUCUCAGGUUAAGAACACGCAUGCGUCUGUUGUGAAGUUUGGUGGUGGUGCAGGUGCAGGUAAGUGGAUACUUUGGCGCCAAAAGCGUCAGGACCACACCCUCGUCAUCUUCGACGACGAUACCGUGGAGAAACGGCCAUUGGAGGUCACGGGUGUGGCGAGCAGCAAUGAGUCUGGGAAGGGGGAAGUCACUGCUGCAGCGGUCAACAACGGAGGACCACGACCACCCGUGAAGAAGAAGAGACCACGCUCCUACGCUCCUUUCCUGAGCAUCCCGGAAUUGCGGUCGGUAAGCUAUGGGAAAAGAAGGGACUGUCACAAGAAACCUGGCAGAAAUGGAUGGAUAACGCGCAGUGCUUGAAGUGUGGUACUGUAGGGCAUGUGAUUGCAUGGUGCCCGUUAAUUCGUAACCCAAAAGCGAGCCGC